AUGACCAUGCUGUUGAAUUGGCAAGAAUACUUAUUAAUUUACGGGAUAUUUUAGAACUUAAAGAGUUUGAAGAAAAUCGACAAGCCGCAGUGGUCGCUCUUGUAUGUGGAAGUCCCAAGAUCACCGUACCAUUUAUCAUUCAACAAUUUUUCGAAACGCGAUACUCAUUAUCAGACAAGCUCAUGAUCCUGUCUGCAUUAUCAUCAGCUGCAAAAGAAUUAUCUGGACUACAGAUAGAAGAGGGUAUACCUGCCAAAAAAGAGAUUUCAUCUGUAGAUUUAAUUACUCAGUCAACAAAUGAUCUCGGCUUAAUAACUAAAAAUGCCUUAAGUAAACCGGCACCAGAUAAAAUACGUUGGUUAUCACGAAGACCAAAAGUGGAGUAUGCGCGUCUUAAUUCAACAAAAAAGAAUAGAUUUAACGAAUUGGCAGCAAAAACUUUUUUCUUCCCUUUAUUAGCAGGGUUUUGGGUGUGGUCUCGUAAUCGGUUG